CCGAGACCCGUGGUGGAGGUGGGCGGGCGGCUCUGGGAGACCGAUCUCCUGGCGGGCUCGACUCAGGCUGGGAACUGCACACUGGAGAGCCAAGAGGAGAGGACGAGCCCGUCUUGGAGAUUUUCCCGAGGAAACCGUGAGAUCAUUCACUAUGAAGUGUACCGCGAGGGAGUGGCUCAGCGUAACCACAGUGCUAUUCAUGGCUAGAGCAGUUUCUGCCAUGGUGGUUCCUAAUGCCACUUUUUUGGAGAAACUUUUGGAAAAGUACAUGGACGAAGAUGGUGAGUGGUGGACGGCCAAGCAGAGAGGGAAAAGGGCCAUCUCAGACAAUGACAUGCAGAGUAUCUUGGACCUUCAUAAUAAAUUGCGAAGUCAGGUGUACCCAACAGCUUCUAAUAUGGAGUAUAUGACAUGGGAUGUAGAGCUGGAAAGAUCCGCGGAAUCCUGGGCUGAAACGUGUUUGUGGGAACAUGGACCUACAAGCUUGCUUCCGUCAAUUGGACAGAAUUUGGGCGCACACUGGGGAAGAUACAGGCCCCCAACUUUUCAUGUGCAAGCAUGGUACGAUGAAGUGAGAGACUUCAGUUACCCAUAUGAGCAUGAAUGCAACCCCUAUUGCCCAUUCAGAUGUUCUGGUCCUGUAUGUACUCAUUACACACAGGUGGUGUGGGCAACAAGCAGCCGGAUAGGCUGUGCCAUCAAUUUGUGUCAUAACAUGAACAUAUGGGGGCAGAUAUGGCCCAAAGCUGUCUACUUGGUGUGCAACUACUCUCCCAAGGGAAACUGGUGGGGCCAUGCCCCAUACAAACAUGGACGGCCCUGUUCUGCUUGCCCACCCAGUUUUGGAGGGGGCUGUAGAGAAAAUCUCUGCUACAAAGAGGGUUCAGAUCGAUAUUAUCCUCCUCGAGAAGAAGAAACAAAUGAAAUUGAACGGCAACAGUCUCAAGUACAUGAUACCCAUGUUCGGACAAGAGCAGACGACAGCAACAGAAAUGAAGUGAUAAGCACACAGCAAAUGUCCCAAAUCGUGUCCUGUGAAGUAAGACUAAGAGAUCAGUGCAAAGGAACAACCUGCAAUAGAUAUGAAUGCCCUGCUGGCUGUUUGGAUAGUAAAGCUAAAGUUAUUGGCAGUGUUCAUUAUGAAAUGCAAUCCAGCAUCUGUAGAGCUGCCAUCCAUUAUGGUAUAAUAGACAAUGAUGGUGGUUGGGUAGAUGUUACUAGACAAGGAAGAAAACAUUAUUUCAUCAAAUCCAAUAGAAACGGCAUUCAAACAAUUGGCAAAUAUCAAUCUGCUAAUUCCUUCACAGUCUCUAAAGUAACAGUUCAGGCCAUUACUUGUGAAACCACUGUGGAACAGCUUUGUCCUUUUCAUAAGCCUGCUUCACACUGCCCCAGAGUCUAUUGCCCACGGAACUGUAUGCAGGCAAAUCCACAUUAUGUUCGGGUAAUUGGAACUCGAAUUUAUUCUGAUCUGUCCAGUAUAUGUAGAGCAGCGGUGCAUGCUGGGGUGAUUCGAAAUCAUGGUGGAUAUGUUGAUGUCAUGCCUGUGGAUAAAAGAAAGACUUACACUGCUUCUUUCCAGAACGGAAUCUUCUCAGAAAGUUUACAGAAUCCUCCGGGAGGAAAGGCAUUCAGAGUAUUCGCUGUUGUCUGAAUGAAAUACAUGCAAGAGGAUCACAGAGACUAUUCCAAAUGCCAUAUUUUUAAAGUUUGUAUAAAACUGUAACAUUACUGUACAGAAGAUAUCAACUAUUUUUCAGCCCCCUGCAAAAGUGCCAAAUGCAGAUAAUUCUAGGUAGACAAAGUCUGUAAAGUAAAACAUGGGACAUUAUUAGCUUUGGGGAAAAUAAUGGGUAUGUAAUGGUUUUAGAAAUCCUGUGUUAAAUAUUGCUAUAUUUUCUUAGCAGUUAUUUCUACAGUAAAUUACAUAGUCAUGAUUGUUCUACAUUUUAUAUUAUAUUAUAUGGUGCUUUGUAUAUGCCACUAAUAAAAUGAAUCUAAACAUUGAAUGUGAAUGGCCCUCAGAAAAUCAUUUGAUACAUUUGAAAUAAUCAGUUCAAAAAAUUGAAAGAAACCAUGUAUCUCCUUUUCCCAAUCAAAUGCUAUGCUAUUUUCUAUCCCAAAUAACCAAAUAAUUUCCACCUAAUAACUAUAUGGUUAUUCUUUAAAUUUAGACAAGGAAUAUUAAAUCAUGGAAGUGCACUUCUUAUUUUGUAUAAAAUAGUU